AUUAGCAUACGGGUUUCCCACAGAUAUAAAGCAUGCCGUUCCGAAUAUCUUCGGUGCAGGCUGCUACGCUGUUGUACAAUUGCGGUCGGUGUACAUGUUUGCGAUGAACCAUAUACAGAUAGAGCGACACAGAGUGGUUUAUACGUCUUUGGUAUUUCUUCUUCUAGGAGGAGCGGCUAGCCAGCGAAAUGGCGGACGUAGACCGCAACGCCACAACGGCUCUCCCAGCGGUGCAUCUGUAUGCCGGACACAGCCGUGCCAAGAAACCGCCAAAAAGUAUUUGGAAAUGAUUAACCCGUCUGCGAAUCCAUGUAACGAUUUCUAUGAAUACGCUUGUGGGAAGUGGAUAACGGCCACAGAAAUUCCGGAUAAUGAAACAUCGGUUAGUCCGUUUGAUGAACUGGAUAAAAAGAACAAGCUGAUCGCUCAAGACAUCUUGUCCCGCACACCCGACGGCAUGUUCUCAGCGGAAAUGAAGGCAAAACUGAUUUAUACUCAAUGCAAAAACGAGGAAGAAACCGAAAAUCUCAGAGCAAAACCAGUCCUUGAUAUGCUGGCAGAAUACAUGGGUGGCUGGCCAUUGCUCGAAAAAGACCGCUGGGAUUCGUCAAACUUCGAUCUGUUCGACAUCCUAAAUAAACUGGCUUUCAUUGGAAUACAGCCGUUCUUCCAGCUCACUGUUUUCAAUGACGUGCAGAAUCCCUUACAAAACCUCAUCUAUUUGUAUUCACCGACGACUUUUGCUACUGUCGACUUCCUAAUGGACGAAACGAUGGGAUCAGUAUACAAUCAGAGCUAUAAGGAUUUCUUAACAAAGGUCACCUCUUUGUUAUUGGCCGAUAUUGGCAGCCCGGAUGAUGCGGUCGCAUCUGACCUGGACGACAUAUUUCAAACGGAAGCGUUUAUUGGAAUGGCCAAGUUUACCGCAGUGGAGCAAAAGAGUGAUAAGAAGUUCUUAAACAAAAUUACCCUUUCGGAGUUAUCGACAAACCCGUUUCGUUCAGCAGUUCUGACGAAUAUCACCGGAUACAUUAAGACAAUAUUUCAAGCAGCCGGUCAGGGAGUUUUCGAAGACUCAAUCGUCGUCGUUCCUGACUUGCAAUUUUGGGAUAAACUGGAUGCAAAACUGCUUGAGUUGGAAGAACUAGGCGAAGAGGGCAAACGUCGUAUGGCUAAUUAUAUUGGCUGGCAGAUGAUUAAAGGAUACGCGGCGUAUUUAUCGUACGAUUAUCGCCGUGCAGAUGCUGAGUAUUCACAAAAAGUGACCGGCACGGCGGAAAUAUACAUGGCAUCGGUUGGAGAACGAUGUCUACAAAUUAUCACGGGGUUUAUGCCGUUGGCACUGGGCGCAGUGUAUGUUCGGGAUGUGGUUCCUCCAGAUCUCAAAGAAAAGGCUACGAUGAUGAUUGACGAUAUCAGGCAAGGUUUUCUUGAACUCUUGAACCAAGCCGACUGGAUGGACCAGGCUACACGCGAGCGCGCCGAUCAAAAACUGUCAACGAUUAUUGAUAUGGUUGCUUAUCCAGACAUUUUUGUCAGCAAUAUUUCCGCUGUGAAUGAUGAGUACGAAGAUAUUUCUCUCGGUGCAACGUUUGUCGAAAGCGUCAACCAGCUGAUGAAUUACACAUUUACCGGAGAUCUGAAACGGUUAGGGGAUCCCAACAUUCGCGGCGAUCCUGUGGUCAACACAGGGGAUAUAACGGUAGUGGAUGCAUCCUACAAUCCCAUCGCCAACUUGAUGCGUAUCCCUGUUGGCAUAUUACAGCUUCCCUUUUUCAACGCCGGCAGUCCACAAUAUCUGAAUUACGGCGGUAUCGGAUUUGUUAUUGGUCAUGAAACAACCCAUGGUUUCGAUGAUAUGGGCUCCCUGUACGACGAUCAAGGAUUUCGUAAAUCCUGGUGGACGAACGAAACUUACGAUACGUAUCAAAAGCGCGUCGAUGGUAUUAUUAACCAGUACAAUGCGUACAUUACACCGUAUGGCAAAAUUAACGGCAAACUGACAUCAGGAGAAAACGUAGCGGAUAAUGGUGGAUUGAGAGCGGCGUAUAAAGGUUAUAAAAGGUAUCGGGAAAGAAUAGGCCAACCCGAGCCGGUGCUGCCUGGAUUAGAGAAGUUUACACCAGAACAACUUUUUUUUAUCUCAUCAGCUAAUAUUUGGUGCUACAAAGGCCGACCAGAGGUAGCUCGCUCCGAGCUCCUAACGGAAGUGCAUUCGCCUAAGAAAUUCAGAGUAAACGGGGUUGUCUCCAACAUGCCCGAAUUCGCACAAGCCUUCAAUUGUCCAAAGAAUUCUAAAAUGAAUCCUAACCGAAAAUAUGUUGUUUGGUAAAACAGAUCUGAUACUGGGGAUAAACACCGUGAACGGUAAUAGGCUACGAGUCUGCUUGCAACAUGUACAGUAAGACUGCUGAACAUUGUGCUAUCAGUGUCUCGGUGAUUGACAUAUGGGAAAAACUUAAAAUGCGCAAUAAGUCAAUAAAUAAAA